GACGCAGUUCAUUCGUUCAUUCGUUCAUUCAUUCGUACGAGAAAUCGUCGACCGGAAUUCGAACAUCGGGGAUUCGGUUCUUGGAUUUCUGCAUGCAUUGACGUAGAGAUGCCAUUGAUUUGUGGGAAGGAUCGAUUGACGAAGCCUAAUGGAGGUCGAAAUCUCGCUUCUCGACGACAUUGCGAUGAUUAGCGAGAGAAAAGCGAGUGAUUGAUUAAAUACUCGGACCUUUUGCUCGCACGGAGCGACGCAAGAUUCAUUCGAGCGGGGAAUCGGCAAAUCUUGCGAGAUUGACAGGAUUUGGUUACUGAAGUCGCGAUCCGAAUGUGGAAGAAUUGAGGAGAUGAGAUGAGAUGAGGCGAGGCGAGGGUCGUCGUGCGUGGAGGUAGAGAGAGGAGAAGAGCGCGAGUUCCAACUGCCUAACCACCGUGGCUUGGGAGCCAGGCAUGAGACAGUGGCGAUCAUGAAGGAGCCAGAGCUCGUGAUCAGAGGGUCGAGCUCUCGGGGAGCGUCUCCGGAGACAGUUCUGUCGGAGCACCAGGCGCUGGGGGCAGCCGUGGUGAAGGCGCAGAAGGUCAGAGAUUCUCGCAAGCUAAGCUGGGUGGGGUACGAGGAUUUGAUCAAGAGCAGGCCCGGAGAAGACUUUGGCAGGUCCCUGAGCGUGAGCCCGAACGGAGCAUCCCGUCGAUCUUCUCGACUCGCUUCGCCGGACACCAGUCGAGCACCCUCGAGAGGCCCGUCUCCGGUGGAAUCCGCAGCAGCAGGAGCAGCAGGCCCGCCAUCAUCUCAACAACCCCGAAGGCCUUCGCCUGUCGACAUCCGGGCCAGUUUUCUGCAAGAUCCUCCGGAUCUUUACUCGUUUCCCAAAUCGAAAACCCAUGUCAGGUUCUCGGCGUCUCUGCCCAAUUUGCCCAUCGAGUCGUCUCCGACUCGGCGAGGCUCGCCGGGGAGCCCAGAGCUUCAAGUGGGACCGGUUCCGCCAUCGUCACCGGGGCUUCCGAGCCCGAAAUUGCAACGCCCCUCGUUAGUGGGGCUGUUGACCGAACAUGAUCGGAAUUCGAUCUUCGGUGCUCCACAGCAAGAGCCAGAGGCUGGGAUCAAGAUCACCUCCACUCCCCGUGUGCCUGGCGAUGAAGCGUGGAGGGAGGGCAACGAUGCUGAUCCUCCGCCCGUGCAAGAGAGGCUCGAGAAACAGGGAUUGCUGUUCAAUGUCCCUGAUUAUUUGGCAUCUCUUCGAGGCUAUUCCCGCGACGGCGAUGGAGGGCAUCCGGUGCUGGGUCCUCGGCCUUCGAACGUCGCAGGAGUUCCGGUGAUGGCCAGCCAUCGACGAAGCACCUUCGUCCGAGCUGUGGAGGCCGUUACCAGCCUCGGGGCCACAGUCCUCGCCCCCAGUACCGAGAGGAGGACCAGCAAGUACGUCACCACCGCUGCCCGGAAAAACAGCACUGUGAUCGUCCCUGUCAAUGCCAAGCAAUGGCUGCUGCAGUCCUUGAGGAUGCAAGAUUGGGAGCUCCGUGAGUUAUUCGAUCAGGUUAGACUGCAUUGAUGCCAUAUCAUGGCCAGACCUUCUUCCCGAUUGCGAUUGUUUCUUCAGCUCGAGCAUUUGGAGGAUCGUAGGAAAGUCCACGCGCUCGAAUCUCAGAUCGUAAGAUGAGAAUGAUUCCUACACGAAAAGAUGGAAAUGAUACCGCAACUAGCUGCAGACCACGUGAGAGAGGUGCGAGCAGAGUGGGAAUCCUUGGAAGCUCGAUCUCUGAAGGUUCCACCGGAGGCAGACAUGCUCCUCAAGGAUCAGCAGCUGCUAGAGAGUACCAAAAAUCUUCUCCGGCGCUUCAUCGCUGUGGUGUCUACUGAUGAAGGCGUGCAGGAAACACAAAAGCUGCCUCCACAGGGAACACCAGAUCUCAGCAUGGGAACAACCACAUCAGAACAGGGUGAUGGUCACAUGCAGGACUCCAUGGAUAAGGACGACACUGAAGCUUCUCGGGAGCAAAUCAGGAAAGAGAGAGAUUCAUUCGUCUCCAGUGCCUCUCCUUGGCAGAAUCGAGGCUCUUUGUCUCCCGUUCAAAUGCCUCCACGAGAAAGGUCUGGGAGCGUCUUGGGACGACCUGUUUGUCCUGCGUGCGGACGAAUGGAUACUUCAGCUCCCAACACGAUCAUCAGAGGAAGAGUUUUACCAAGGGAGAGCGUCUACCAAGAAAGAGCACCAUCGAUCCCUCACCAGAAUCUUCCGUCUUUCAUUCCCUUUGAAGACUAUGUCGUUAAACAGUCCGUGGUGAAGCCGACUGGAAAGUCCGACCAGUUUAAGACGACAUACAGUCCAUUGGACAAACGUUGGUACACAGUUCUUUUUCCUGCAUUACAGCCAGGAAAAAGAGAGGACGUCACCUUGCUCAGCGAAUGGCUUAUGCAUGCAAGUCAAAAAAAUGGCGUGGAGGAUGCUGAUGGUCAUUUUUCAAAUGUUGAAACAGCUUUCGUUCUGCAUUGUAUAGCAUUUUUGGAGAUAGUGCGGCAGGUUCGCAUUCACUGUGAAGAGAGAGGAGACAUGAUUUUGCAUGUCUGGCGGCAACUGCUCCGGAUUUUCAACCAGACAAUGAUACGAGCCGAACCCAAAGUAAUAGCUAUGGAAGAGGAGAUCAACAAACUCAAAGAGGUCAACAAAAAGGACGCCGCCGAGAUCAAGAAACUAACGGCUAGCUUUGAAAAAACCACCAAGUCUCUUCAUGAUGUGGAGGAGAAACUGAAGAUCAAAAUCGUAGAAGUUACCAAAAUGAAGCGAUGCAGGUUAUGUGUGGCUGGGAACAUGACUCCGCGUAGUAGAGAAACGUAUAUUAGGAAGUCUAUGCUUAAGAGAUACUCGCAGCUAGCAGGGGUUCAAGCAGCAGGACUUCUGGGAGCUGAUGGCAAAGACAAGACACGUGCUGAACUUUUCCAAGAUGCUCUGGUUGAGAGCGAUCAAGAGUCUGCUAGAGGAGCGAAAAUAGGUAAGGAUGGAAAGCCAUUAGCGGGAACUGAUCAACAGAUCCCGACUGAUGGUACUGGUGGCGCUGGUGUUGCUGAUGGAGAAGGAUUUGCUGGCUCUGGUAGUGCUGGAGUUGGAGGUGCUGCUGGAAGUGGUGCAGGAUCACAAACUACUGAAAGUGGAGUUGGAGGUGCCGCCGGAAGUGGUGGAGGAUCACAAAUUAUAGAAACUGGAAAAUACAAAUCCACCACUGUCAUUACCUUCUUGCGUGCCGCCCUUCUAAAGCGUUCCCAACGACCUACCUUAGAUGAGGCUGCAAAGAAAACAGUAGAAGACGAUAUGGCUGCACUUGGCUUAAGUCUAGUACAGGCUAGUGUAGACAAGGAGGAGAAGGAGACCCAGACCGAUGAAGUGACAAUCAAGGAGCCGAGUGAGUUUGCCAGUGUUUUGAAGAGAUCUUUUAGUUGUCCAGCCAGAAUGUUCUGGGUUGAAGAACUAAUUUCAGAUGAACAACGUGAAAGACACAGAUCGUGGAUGGAAGAGCAAGGCUUAGUACCUCCAGAAUCUAGUGAAAAAGUCCAAGCAGAUGAAGAGAAGUCUGGAGAGGGUGACGAUGACGAGGUUGAGAUAGUUGUCGCAGAUAGAGCAAUUAGGCAGCCUGAAGGGGAGGAAGCUUCGGCCUUAGCAGCAGGAGAAGGGGGAAUGAAGGGAGAGAAGAGAAGCUUUGGGCAGGUUCACAAGGCAAUGAAGAAACAAGUGAAUAAACUGGCAACUGAGACAUUAGAUGCUCUCGGGGCCCUUGGAGAAGAAAUCACUCAGUUGGCAGGAGGAUCAGGCGCGGACGUAGCUUUCAGAAUGGCAGCAUUGAUUUCUAAGUGGAAAAAGGUGGCCAAAGCAACCGGUCCAGGGCUACCUCGAUCUCCAAGAGAUGGCGGUUCAGACGAUGCUGGAGGAGAGGGUGGUGCAGGGGGAUUUGGAGCAGGUUGGGGGCUAGGGGGAGGAGGAGGAGGAGGCGGAGAAUCUGGAGCUAGUGGAGAUACAAGUGAAGAUUUUGAAUGGGAAGAUUUUGAUGAAGAAGGAGAAGAUGGAGAUGGAAGAGGAAGGCGUAAGAGAAGGGGCAGAGGUGCCGGUAGAAAAACUUCGUCCACAGGAGUAGGUGAAGACGGAAGCACAGGGGCUGGACGGACAAGAAGGAGUCUCCUUGGUCUUGAUAGAGACACUGGUGGCAAGUCUAAGAGAUUACCAGGAAAAUCCACUACUGCUGCCGCGUUCGAGUUAGGUAAACUCGUGCCCCUUGGCUUCGCGAAGAUGAUGAAUAUAAACACACCUCCCAAGGUCGUCAAGUUUUUCAACGAAAGGCAGCUGACCAAACUCAUCACAUCGGUCUAUGUUGCUAAAAUCGAUGCCGACGCUAUCGACGAUGUGUCAGACAACGAGCGCCAGUCAUCAUGUGAAUUCGUUUACGAUUUUAUGCUCAACUUGUAUGGUUUGAAGAGGCUGGCAGAGUCCGCUGUUUGGGGACUUUUCAAAAAAAUUAAGUAUCUCCAACAGCAGAAAAAGAUAGACAAGGCUCACAAGGCAAGAAUGUUCAACCGCUUCUGCGGUAUGGACGACAACAAAUUCUACAGUGAGCGUGACUUAUAUCUUUACCUGAAAGUGUUGGCAAAGGGAAUGUCCAAGGCUGGACUAUUUUAUCCGUCAGAGCUAGACGAUGGAAUAAGCUACGUCAAUUGUGUUUGGGCUGAAACACUUGCAGAGGAACCAACUCUAGUCGAGUACUUGGGGUCACAAGCUGCGGCGACAGACUUUAUAAACCAAUUUGUGGCCACCCAUGCGGUCGCGGACAAAGUAUCACUAGAGGUGAAGAAAAUAACUAAGUCACAAAAUGUUAAGAGAAUCGACUUCGAUGAGCUGAUGGAAGCGAUACUUGAGAAGGGUUCUAUCCAAUCACAAGUGGUCAUGGUGCCGAGGAAAAACAAGACUAAAGAGAAACCGAAAGCACCACUCACUGCAGAAAAGAGGCAAGCUCUAGAAAACCUCUUCACAGCAGGUGACGCGAACCAGGAUGGUGUCCUGACGUUUACAGAGUUCCGUGAGAUACUAAGCAGUGCAGAUGCAUCAAUUUCACAGCAAGCAGCUCUAAGAAUUUUCCGUGAAACCCUGCUCCUUGAACCUGAAGGAGGAGACAAGAUCAGCCCUCUUGCUUUUGCAACAGUUGCUCACGACCAUAACAUUGCUGCUCCACCUUCUGUUAUAUACAAUCUUCUGAAGAAGACAUACCUUCAGAUCCAAGGGGAUGUGAAUGAAAACAAGGUGAAAGACGAGGCAUCCAAAAAGGAAUCAGAUGAACUCAGAAUGAAACUGGCUACAUUGAUCGACGAGGCCAAGGAGGGCAAAACGGAUGAAGCAGUGCAGACAUUUAAGACGUACGUCCUCAAAUUCUGUGGCGCAGACCAAGGAGAGGCAGAAGCAGAGGCAGAAGAAGAGCCACCUGAGGAAGAAACAGACGAUGAGGAAGAUGAGCCGGAACAUCAAGAGCAACAUGAGAUCAGCAUUCUGGAGGGGGAGGAAACUGAUGAUGCAGAAUGAUAAUCAUGGGUGCUUUCGUGUGUAGCUUACGAGUAGGAAACAGACGAGCACAACGCCAGUAUUAACAAUUUUGGAACAUCAAGAGCAAUACGAGAUCAGCAUUCUGGAGGGGGAUAAAACUGAUGAAGCAGAAUGAUGAUCACAAAUGUACUCGUGUGUGGCUUAGGAGCAGGAAGCAGACGAGCACAAAGCCAGUAAUAACAAUUUUGAAAAAAACAAUUCUGAGGCAUUUUACCUUCAUAGCACGACAUCGCUAACCUACGUUAUGUCGUGUUCGCGACAGAAAGCUUGAAAGUGCGGUACUUGCUGUCUACGAAUGAC